AUGUUAUACAUUUGUGAAUAUGAUAUCAAACAAGAUAAAUAAGGCUUUGUUGAUAAUAUAAGUACAGAAAUAGAAGAGGAAGAAUUUGAAAUAGGGUAAAAAUAGUUAUUAUUUUUUAAGAGUCAAGCCUAAGAAAAGAAUAUUUAAUUCUACUUUUGAAAAGUAAUAGUUUAUAGAAGAGUAUACCAAAAAAAUAAAGACUGAAUUAUGUAAAAACUUUAUGCUCAAAGGUGCUUGCUAAUUUGGGUUAGAAGUAAUAUAUAUAAAAUUACCUAUAAAGUGUUCCUAUGCUCAUGGAUAUGUAGAACUUUUACCAAAAUCUCAUCUACAUAAAAAUUACAAGACCAAAAAGUGUAAAAAUUUUCUAAAUAAUGGAUGGUGCAAUUAUGGGGCUAGAUGUUAAUAUAUACAUCAAGAAAAAACAUAUAAAAAGAAAAAUCUAAAUAGAAUUAUCACUAAUGAAAAAUAAGGAAAUAAUUUAAAUAAAACAGAAAAUAAAUUUAAAUCUACUUAAAAUAAACCUUAGAGUUAGACUUUGAAAGGCUUUAUGUCUUAUUUAGAAAUUUUAUAAAAAUUCGACUCAUGCCCUUAAUUCAGUCUCUCGAAUUUACCAAGAUUAAAUUGUCUUAGAUAAUUAAGUAAGACAAAAAUUUGCAUUUUGUCUGAUGAAUCGGAUCCUUGA